AUGGCCAAAUUUCCAUCGUCAAUCUUCCGCCUGCCGCCGCCGUCGUCUCCACCUUCGUCCGGCGAAGCUUCUGAAGCAGAGGGCAUUGCAGACGGCAAAAAGCUUUGUGCGCAAAACAAUCUCCUAAUUUCCCUUCCCGAUGAUCUUCUCUCGAAGAUCCUGUUGAACCUCUCGGCUCAAGACAUUUAUUACGCGGCAAGUCGUGUCUGCCGGAGGCUAUACUACCGCACGAUCCAAUCCGAGGAAUUCGUAAACCUCCACCUCCGGCAGCAAACUGAGGAUUACGGCCUCUUGUUCCGAUUCAUAUAUACCCCAAUACAUGGGCUUGUUAAUAAUGAUCAAUAUUCCUCCCCAGACGUGACUUUCGUGUCUAUGAAACAGGGACGCGUCACAGUAUCCGAUCACUACUAUGCUUCCAAAUCCAGAUUCUGGAGUGGCUGCAACGGCCUCAUCCCGGAGUACGAUUCUCGUGUUCCCUCAUCUGGCGUCCUCUUGGUCAACCCCGUCACGGGACGAGCCUUCCGACUCCCUCCGUUCCCCGAAAACGCAAAGUUUAUGCAGUGUUGCGUGGGGUACGCGGAGGCCUCCAAGGCUUACAAGGUGGCCUUGGCAUACAGUGAUGCGGGAAGGGACGCGAGGUGGGCCAUAUUGACAGUGGGUGUCGAUAGUUGGUGGAGGAAUCUUGCAACCAACCAACAUUCGACGGAGGUUGCACUCAGACACCUGUUGGUGACGGAGGGUUUUAUUCAUUUCCUUUUACGGGACACUGUCCUGACACUGAAUUUGGAGACCGAGGUUACGACGGAGAUGAGGGCACCAAUUUCCGAGUAUCCCAAGGGCAAGAAGCAGUACCUGUCAACUGGGAAGUCCCUCACUCUAGUGGUUCAAGUUGAGGAGUUUGUGUUUCAAGUUUGGGAGAUGGUGUGUGGAGAUCAUUAUUAUUAUUAUUGGAGGGAAUGGGAACGUAAGAUUGUGUUGGGAACUGAAAUUCAAUCUUUGUUUUGUAUUCAACCCGUCGGUUGGUUGCAGCAGAUGGAAGUGUUGGUGUUUAAAGGUACGUCCAUAAACGAGCCUUGCAAGGUUUUCUACGUUGUUAUUGCUACUGGAGAAAUCGGAUGGAUCCCACCCUUAUCAAAAGAGUUGGGUGGGGGAUUAUUUGCAAUUGGUUGUUUCCCUCACAAAAACACCCUUGUGCAGUUGAAGGGGCAUUAA